GCCCUGCACUCUCUUGUUUAUUUCGUCGUCUUUGGUUUGCCUAACCAUCCAAGAUGGCGUCGCUUGUGGGCCUGCGUGCAUGUGUCUCUGCCCUCCAGCUGUCUUCUCCAGGCCUCCUGCACAGCUCCUACAAGCUGUGUGCUGUGCCUCUGAGUCGGAGGACCUUUGCUGCAGAGGCAAAGAAGACGUACAGCAGAGACAAACCCCAUGUCAACAUUGGAACAAUUGGCCAUGUUGAUCACGGCAAGACGACCCUGACUGCAGCCAUCACAAAAGUUCUCGCUGACGCUGGUGGUGCGAACUUUAAAAAGUAUGAAGAAAUUGACAAUGCCCCUGAGGAGAAGGCGAGAGGAAUCACCAUCAACGCCUCUCAUGUAGAAUACACCACAGCCAACAGACAUUACGCUCACACGGACUGUCCUGGUCAUGCCGACUACGUCAAGAACAUGAUUACCGGCACCGCUCAGAUGGACGGCUGCAUCCUGGUGGUGGCGGCCACUGACGGCCAGAUGCCUCAGACACGAGAGCAUCUCCUGUUGGCCAGGCAGAUUGGCGUCGAGCAUGUGGUGGUUUUCAUCAACAAGGCCGACGCCGUGGAGGACAAGGAGAUGGUGGAGCUGGUGGAGAUCGAGAUCCGCGAGCUGCUCACAGAGUUUGGCUAUGAUGGCGAGAACACGCCUGUUGUGAUAGGCUCAGCCCUCUGCGCCCUCGAGAACAGAGAGCCGGAACUUGGUGUAAAGGCAGUGUUGAAUCUUCUGGAUAUUGUGGAUUCUUACAUUCCUCUCCCCAAAAGACAGCUUGAAAAACCUUUUCUUCUGCCCAUUGAAGGGGUUUAUUCAAUCCCAGGCAGAGGUACUGUGGUGACCGGCACUAUGGAGAGGGGCAUCAUCAAGAAAGGAGACGACUGUGAGUUUUUGGGCCACAAUCGCAGCUUCAAGUCAGUGGUUACAGGUGUUGAGAUGUUCCACAAGUCUCUGGAUCGGGCAGAAGCUGGAGAUAACCUGGGCGCUCUGGUCCGAGGACUGAAGAGAGAGGACAUAAGGAGGGGGAUGGUGAUGUGCAAACCAGGAUCCAUCUUGCCAUACCAGAAAUUCAAGGCGCAGGUGUAUAUUCUGAGUAAGGAGGAGGGAGGCAGACACAAACCGUUUAUCACCAACUUCAUGCCCGUCAUGUUCUCUCUAACCUGGGACAUGGCCUGCAGAGUCACUCUGCCCGAAGAAAAGGAAAUGGUAAUGCCAGGCGAGGACACCUCCUUGACGCUCACGCUGCGCCAGCCAAUGAUUCUGGAAAAGGGCCAGAGGUUCACCCUGAGAGACGGAAACAAGACCAUCGGCACCGGCCUGGUCACAGACAUCCUGUCGGUUAAAGAUGAAGACCAGUUCAACUGGGGCUAAAGGGAAUCUCUGCAGAGGACUGGGCUGGGGGAGGGAGAUCCGGGGGUUCAGGGAGGGAGGGUGUGUGGUUAUCGGUGUCUGGUCAAAUUCUAUAAUUAUAGAAAUAUACAAAUAAAGUACAUAAACCAAUGCACAAACCUCAAACAGGAAAGGACUAAAAUGAAUUUGUGGCUCUGUUGUGCAGGUUCACCCAACCAAAAUACAUGAGAUGUUUAGAACUGUCUUUAUGUUAAAAUGCCAGAUAGUCAGAAAUAUGUGACGAUAUGUAAUAAAAUGUAUUUAAUAAUACAAUGCCUCUUUUGUUCGUUUGGUAUUGGCUUUUGCUAACAAAUUCAGUUUAACACAAAAGAACAAAAUAUUAUGAAUAAGAAAUAUAUUUCUGUGUCACAUUCGUACAGAAUUGCAAUGCAUAAAUCUGUAGGUUAGGACUAGAAAACAUGUCAGUAGGAAAAACAGGUGUUUCUAGAAAGACUAACGAUGGCUCUGCUCGUUUCAAAGCAGCAUGAACAAAACAGGAACCUGAAAUCAAAGCAGCUAAUUUGAAUUCAGCCAUUAUUGAUUUCAUUAUUUACACCUGUUAUUUUCCUACUCUGGCAAGUCAAAAUGUCUUCUGUGUAAAAGACCUGUAAGAUUUGCAUGUUACAAGAUCAAUAUGCCACAUGAGGGCAGCAAAGAGGUGUUUCAUUAUUUGCUAAAGGAAUAUUAAUUAUCAAUAAUUAGAAAGUCAGUAAGAGCAUGUCUCUCAACUAUCCUUUUGAAUGAGCUUCGGUGAAAACAACAAAACCCAUAACUAAAAAGAUACCUUUAUUCUACAGCUUGUGGUUGAUACAUUUCUGAGUAUCUGCUCAAUUUGUUCUCUCGGUGUAAAUGUUUUGAAAUAUUAAAUAAACUCUGCUGAUCUUUUCCUCGGGCAUGGUGUCCUGAGAGGUGAUGGCU